UGCUGGCUGGUUCUGUUCAGGCGUCAAGGAGGGGCCCAGUUCCCUCUGGGAAUGCAGCUCAUCCCCCCAAAAGAAGACUGCCUUCCCCUGCAUCAGUUAGGGCUCCAAGUGAGCUCUGGUCAAAAGCUGCUUUGAAGCCGGACCGCAGGGGCCAUGACCACCCUCUCUCCUGAAAACAGCCUCUCUGCCAGGUGGUCAGCCUCCUUCAUCCUGGUGAAGAGAAAACCACCCAUUGACAAGACGGAAUGGGAUGCCUUCUUUGAUGAGAACGGUCUGUUGGCCAAAUCACGAGACUCCAUUUGUGUUAACAUCCUGGAAAGGGGUCUGCACCCCUUGGUGAGGACAGAAGCCUGGAAGUUCCUCACGGGCUACUACUCAUGGCAGAGUUCCCAGGAUGAGCGGCUCACGGUGGACAGCACAAGGAGGAAGAACUACGAGGCCUUAUGCGAGAUGUAUGGAAAGAUUCAGCCCCUUCUGGAAAACCUGCACCGGAACUUUAUGGAGACUCGGAAUAACAUUGCAUAUGACAUUCAGAAACUCUACGACAAAGACCACCUAGGCAACGUCCUUAUCGACAAGAAGAGACUGGAGAAAAUCCUGCUCCUGAGUUAUGUCUGCAAUACCCAGGCAGAGUAUCAGCAGGGUUUCCACGAGAUGGUGAUGCUUUUCCAGCUGAUGGUGGAACAUGACCAUGAGACCUUCUGGCUUUUCCAGUUCUUCCUGCAGAAAACGGAGCACAGCUGCGUCAUCAACAUCGGAGUGGGCAAGAACCUAGACAUGCUCAACGACCUGAUCGACUUCUUGGACCCCGUGUUCGCUGAGCACCUAAGAGGGAGGGGUGCCGGGACCGUGCGGUCCCUCUUCCCCUGGUUCUGCUUCUGCUUCCAGCGUGCCUUCAAGUCCUUCGAAGAUGUCUGGAGGCUGUGGGAGGUUCUGCUGACGGGGAAGCCCUGCAGGAACUUCCAGGUGCUGGUGGCCUACAGCAUGCUGCAGAUGGUGCGCGAGCAGGUGCUACAGGAGAGCAUGACCAGGGAUGACAUCAUCCUGGCCUGCAACAACCUCAUUGACCUUGAUGCUGAUGUGCUGAUCUCUGCUGCCUGCUUGAUUUACGCUGAGCUCAUCCAAAGAGAUCUCCUGCCUCCCCAAGGAGACUGCACGGCCCGAGGACACGGCCCUCGCCCCUGGUUCCCUGUGUCCCUCCCAGUGGAUCAGGCACAGGACUGAGCACCCAGGGGUUCCGUAGAAUGUCACUAGCUGGACAAACGUGAAGAAUGAGCUCAACAGAACAAUGUCUGUCCACCUCAAUCUGCCAGAACCCUCCUCUUCCCCAGGCUCCUCAGCCGUUAAAGGAUUUCUUUCUCUGAAGACUCUCACGAUGGACAGAUGCCCUCAAAGGACAGAAGGAAGGUGGUGCUUCAACCAUGAAGUCUGACGGGGCGUUAGGGUGAGAGUGUAGGUAAUACAACUACAAGAGAAACAGG